AUGCUGUCGGCGCGGUGCCGCAACCGGGGCCCCCAGAAGAAGACGGGGAUGGUGGAUCCGAAGUAUUGGAUGGCGGAGCACUUUGAAUAUCGAAAGUCUCAGAUGUGGUCAUGGAUUGACAAGCCGGGUGCCACCCACCCGCCAACGCCCUUUCCACACUGUCAGGUGUACAUCAACCAUGACUACCGAUUCAUCUGGGUGAAGGGCUACAAGGUUGGCGGCACCGCCAUGCGUGGCAGCCUGGGCUGGCUGUGCGACGACAGCUGGUGGGUGCCACAGGACGCUGACCUCAGUCACUGCAGCACGCCGCUGUGGAAGAACAGCAGCUUGACAGCGCAGCAGGCGCAAGAGUGGUGGAGGGAGUACUUUGUGUUUGGGGUGGUUCGCAACCCGCUGGCAAGGUUCUCCAGUGGCUAUGAGUACAUCUCCCAACGGAUGCCUGAGAACUGCACGGUGCCAGGCAUGCCGGCCGCUUGCCGCGACCCAUACGUCUUCGCCAAGACCUGCCGUGCUACGGCCUGCUGCAACAACAGUACGGUGGACCACCACGUGCGCCACUUCGGGGACCAGGCACGAUGCCUCUUCUCGCAGUCAGACGCCCCCGCCGUGGACUUCAUCGCAGAAACGGAAAACCUGGACGACGAUUUGGAGGCCAUCGUGAACAUCAUCAACGAGAGGAGGCCUGAAAUUAUGCCACCGCUGGUGGUGACGUCAUCGUACGGCAACCCGGGGCCCGGGGCCCAGUCGAAGAAGCCUGGGGAGAGGGCGAGGGAGCGCGUGAGCGCGCUGAGGGAGGACCCAGAUUGCGUGCCGGAGCUGGUGCGGAUGUACCGCAACGAUUAUGUCACGCUAGGGUAUGGGGACACAUAA